CAAGCGUUUGAAUCUGAAGGUCAUCAGCAGACUACUUUGUGUUAUUGUCGGGCAUGUAAAUAAAAUGCAAAAUAAAUAAUUUUAAUUUAAGAAAAUGCCGUUUUUAAAGGGAGUAGCUCCUAUUCGAUAUACCAAAGCGUAUUUGGAAGCAGGAAAGCUUAUAUUGCAGCCAGAAAUCCGCGUCAUGACCAUCAAUUAUAACGUUAAUCAAAAGGCCAGCAGUGGAAUUUACAAAUUUCAGUUUUGGCAUUUACCACAGAUUAAGUACAAGAACCACCAGUUGCAAAUCCUGAGGUUCAAGAACAUGACUCCUACACCUUUUAUACAAUUUUUCUUCAUAAAUGGAGAAAAACAAAUCAUUGAUGUCCAUGGGCGGACACAAGAAGAAAUCUACGAUCACAUUCACAAUACCUUCUGUGAACAACCUGCUGUUGUUAAGCCCUAUUAUGAGGAGAGGAAGAAGGACUGUCUGUUUAAUCCAGCCAACUUUGGCUACCACUGCAGACAUUGGUGUAUUUGUGAGAUUCCUGGACAGGUGCCUUGCCCCGGCUACUCCAAACUGCCUGACAAUAUGAGAGCAAAAAAGAAUAAAGAAAUGCAGGAGCAAGAGAAGGCGACAUAGACAGAAAUGCUUAAGUUGUGUGAAUUUGAAAUGAGUAUUUGUUCUUUAAAUAUUCUUUAUAUGUUAAACAAGAUUAUAUGGGAAAUUAUUGUAUAUGUCAUUUUUAUAGAAAAACAAUGUUUCCCUCAUAUACAUUUCAAGUUUGAAAGAUUCAGUUUUCAAUGAAUGAAGUAAUAAAAUGAUAACACUUGCAAA